UUUCAAAGGUCUUUGUCUGCUUGAAUCAUUCUGCCCUCUCUCGUCUACGUAAAUGGCUUAAAUUUAGCAAUUUAUCGUCAACCAAUUUUCUGUCACACAUCGUCUCUCCUCGCCAACGAGAAGGUGUCUAGACCCGCGAUCUUUUGGCCAGCAUACACCCUGUUCCUUGCCGAAUAACACAUGCGCAGUAAUUGGAAGAUGAUCUAGCAACUGUUCAAAUUCAAUAUAAGUACUACCACGGCCGUCUUAACUCUCUGGCCCGUCUUUGACUAGCAGAGUGACCCAACUGAAUCCGGAGUCAAGUCCUUUAGCCGGUUCUCCCAAGCUCUGCAUAACAUACGAUGUCUGAGACACGAUCCUUCACCGUCCGGCCGCUCUCGAAGCAAACCAGAAAUGAUCAUCGAGAUGCCUUUCGCGUCUACCUAUCUUCGUCCUCGCUGGCUUCUCUCAAACUUCGUGCUGGAGAUAUUUGCGCCCUCUAUAUCCCUGGUGAAGUUUCCAAACAUGCUAUAGCCUGGAAUGCGGUUGAGAAUAUUCAGAAUACCGUUGUGCAAACGUCUAGAACUCUUCAGGAUUGCUAUGGAUUCAAAAUUGGUGAAAAGAUCACAAUCAGCAAAGUUGAUGGGCCCCUGGAAGAAGCACAAACGGUUUCGUUAGUGGACUGCUCGGAUGAUGAUAAGAUCACAAAAUUUGGUAUUAUACCGCAUAGCGACACAGACCAUUGGGCUUGGUCACUGGAAUUUCCAUUGUCCAGAUGCGAUGCAAUCGCUGUUGGUCUUGUUUUCGAAAUGGAGCUUAGAGGCCAGCGACGCAAUUUCAAAGUGGCAAGCAUGUCAAGCCAAGGCCAGAAUGGUUUUGGAACCUUGCUCAAAUUCACCGAUUCUAGCAGAAUUCUCCUUGGUGAGGAUGUUGCACCAGUGGAGUGUAAGGGCUCCCAUAUCCAGGUGCAAUCGAUUGGUUUGGGUGGGAUGAAAUCGCAAAUUGACAGUAUCAAUGAGAGUCUCGCUGAUUUUAACUCUGCCAGUACUCUUCUGGCCAUGCCCUCAUUUUAUGAGCAUAGCCGGGGUAUUUUGCUCUAUGGACCAAAGGGCACUGGCAAGACGGUACUUCUGGGACAAAUUCAAGGUGCAGGAUGGAGAAAAACGUUCAGUGUUGGGUCUUCUUUCGGUAGGAACAUUGGUGACGCCGAAACCAAGCUGCGUAAUGCAUUUCAGGAGGCAAUGCGUUGUCAACCAAGUGCUAUAAUCAUCGACCAAUUGGAGUCUAUCGCGCCCAGGAAAACCUCCAUUGACACCCAAUCCUUAACAACCGCACUUUGUGAAUGCUUGGAUAUAGUGAAGGGCGCUUUGGUCUUGGUUGUGGCCGCGACUCGACAUCCGAAUGAUGUCGAUGAUGUCCUAAGGACACCCCAUCGAUUAGCUCUUGAGAUUGAGCUUCAAGUGCCGACGGCGCAGGCUCGAAGUGAAAUCUUACAUGCCAUAUGCGGCAAGCCAUCCCCUGCGCUGAGUGAUACGCUAAUUGACCUAAUAGCGGAAAAAACGCAUGGUUAUGUUGGUGCCGAUCUCUUUGCAUUGCUUCAGUUGGUCUGUCGGAAGGCACGGAAACGCCAAUCGCCCGAGAUUACACCUUCUAGUUUAGCCAAAGACUCAACUGAAGGGCAAAUGGCGUCGGAUGAAGCAAAAGUUCUCUUAAAAAUUGAGGAUAUCGACAUUCUCUCUGCUCUGCAGGAGACACGGCCAACUGCUAUGCGGGAAGUAUUUUUAGAAACUCCGAAAGUGAGGUGGUCGGACAUUGGCGGACAACAUGAAAUCAAGAGACGCCUCCAAAAAGCAGUCGAGAGACCUUUGAAACAUCCACAAAGAAUGAAAAGAUUGAAUGUGAAUAGCAAAAAAGGCAUACUGCUAUACGGGCCACCCGGUUGCUCCAAGACUCUGACUGUGAAAGCACUUGCCACGGAAGCGGGACUGAACUUUCUGGCGGUUAAGGGUGCUGAAAUUCUUAGCAUGUAUGUUGGAGAGUCAGAAAGGGCACUGCGAGAAAUUUUUCGGAAGGCCCGGUCUGCAAGGCCUAGCAUUAUCUUCUUCGACGAGAUCGAUGCGAUAGCCUCAAGGCGCGGCAGCUCAUCUCAAGGGGGCGUUAAUGUUCUUACAACAUUAUUGAACGAGAUGGACGGAAUCGAAGAGUUGAAGAACGUGUUGGUCAUUGCUGCGACCAACAAGCCUGAGGUCAUUGACCCGGCCCUGAUGCGCCCCGGCCGUCUUGAUAACAUUCUCUAUAUUGGCCCUCCAGAUUUCGAGGCCCGGAAAGAGAUAUUGAGCAUCUGGUUUAGUAAGUCCGUGGUCCAUCCAGAAGUAGAGAUAGAGGCUUUGGCUGUGAAAAUGGAGGGAUACUCUGGAGCGGAAAUUGUCAGUAUAUGCGAGACAGCUGGUGAUGCUGCACUAGAUGAGGAAGAGGAAACAAAAUUGGAGCAGGAGAUUCGAAUGGUACAUUUCGAAUAUGCCCUUCAGCAAGUCCACAGGCAGAUAACAGCCGCUGUUGUGGAGGAGUACGAAAGAUGGGGGAACUCCACUAAUAUAUAGAGUCGUAUACAUACAUAUCUCUGUCCUAACUCGAAGGACGAGCGAAAGAGGGCAUUGACGCUCAUUUAUUGAUUCAGAAACAUUGGUCUUGU